AUGAGUCCAUUCGUACGAAUGUCAAUCGUACCCGACAAUGCUGGAGAAACGAGUUCAUCGGAAGAUGAUGAUGAAUCGAAAAGCUGCGCAAGCCUUUCAACGUGUGCUUCCACGGCUCGCAUUGGACGCUCUCGUCCAGCUAGUGUAAUGUCGGCGAAAGAAUCGACAACGCGUAGUGUUGCGUCAGCAGAUCUGCCAUCGUCUUCGAAAGAUACUAGUGGGUUCGAAGAAUACAUGAAAUCACGGUUCAAACGAGAAAUGUCUUUGGAAUUCCCAAAACAUAUUUGUUACCGGUUUAUAACGAAGUACAACGAUGAGCCGAAUACUAGUUUUCCGGAGAAUUGUCACUUUUUGUUCCCACAAGAAUCGGCAUCGUCUGUCCAGUCAUUUGCAGUCGAUGGAAGCGCCGAUAUAGACGGCGCUGGCGACCAAAGGCACAUAUUCCCUCUAAAAGAAGUUCCUCCUGGGAAAGUCCUGAAUGCGCGGGUAUCGUCCAAACAUUCUGCACCUUCAUGUUUGCCGCAAAAGCUCAGUUCCACUGGAUUCCGCAUAGUUGUUCCACAUCGUGACAUACCGGUGGCUGAAGUGGUCGACAAAUUGGGUGUCAAUUUCGAUAAAUGCGCCAAAAUUGUACCGCCAAAGUCCGUUGCUGAGGAUGAUAAGGUAGCGUUGUUGCUGUUGCUUAUUGCUUUAAAAUGCUUCGUAUUGGCUUUAUGUGUUCAGCUAAUUGCUUAUGAAUCUGGACUGUUACUUGCUGUUAGCUUUAAGACUUCGUCGAUUUUUUUGAAAAAUUCGCAUUGA